UGUGUGUUGGCUGGGCGUUUAUCAGAAAACCCGCAAGUUUCUGUUUGUCUACUUGAAGCAGGGGGGGCAGGUGAGGGUUGGAAAGUAGAAGUUCCUUGUGCAGCAGUGAUUAGCAUUCCAACCAAGAUCAAUAACUGGGCCUUUGAAACUGUACCGCAAAAGGGCUUAAAUGGUCGUAAAGGCUAUCAGCCUCGUGGAAAAUGCUUGGGUGGCUCGUCAGCAAUUAAUGCCAUGGUGUAUAUCCGUGGGCAUCGACAAGAUUAUGAUGAUUGGGCAGCCUUAGGCAAUACUGUUAUUGAUUUACGCAGUGAUAAUCCCUUACAGCAAAAAUAUAUCGCAGCCGCCAAAGAGCAGGGUUAUCGAAUUCUGGAUGACUUCAAUGGAGAAGAGCAGGAAGGUUUAGGCGUUUAUCAAGUGACCCAUAUCAAUGGGGAGCGUUGUAGUUCCGCACGGGCUUAUUUAUUUCCUCACCGAGAUCGUAAAAAUUUAACGGUUGAAACCCAUGCACAGACUCAGCGAAUCUUGAUUGAAAAUGGCGUGGCUGUUGGGGUGGAAUACAAGCAAGGUGGUCAGCUGAAACAAAUCUUUGCACGUCGAGAAGUGUUAUUGAGUGCGGGAGCGAUGCAGUCGCCACAGAUUCUGAUGCUUUCAGGUGUUGGCGACCAACAAGAACUUGCGCAACAUGGCAUUGAGGUGAAACAGCAUUUACCUGGUGUAGUGAAAUUCAAGGCACCUUUGGCUUAUCUAUUCCAGGUUCAAUUGAUCUAUUUAAACAAAUUAGGCGUUAUCGUAAAGAACGCCGUGGUU